AUGCCCCUAGCGUCUCUUGCUGAGAGUGAUUCAUGGAGUGCUGAGGUUCCUGACUCAGUCCUGGGACUGGCUGGUUCAUGUGUGGUCAUUCCCUGCCAGUUUAGACAUCCUGGUGGAAACAAGAUGGCCUCACACCUCACAGGGAUCUGGUUUGCAGAUGAUAGUAAGAAGAUCUACGAUUCAGAGACAUCAAAAAUCAGUAGCGAAUUUCAGGGGCGUACCAGCCUUUUGGGUGACCUAAGUCAUAAUAACUGCUCUCUAAAAAUCAACCAUCUGCGUUCCAGUGAUAAAGGCCCAUUUAUGUUCCGCAUUGAAAUCAAAGACUAUGACCAAUACACCUACCAACGAAAUAAAGUGUCUGUUUCAGUAAAAGAUUCUCCAGACCAGCCUGUUCUGUCUGUGGACGGGGAAAUGAAAUCAGGAAAGAAAAUCACCACUUCUUGUUCAGUCGUUCACUCUUGUCCUUCUGAACCACCCACUCUGACCUGGAGCCACAAAGGAUCUGUUAGCAUCCUUUCACAGCCACAAAACAAGGGCCAGUGGAAAAUGACUUCAUAUCUGAGCUUUAUUCCAUCAAAAUCAGACCACAAUAAAGAUUUGGUUUGUACAGCUUUGUUUCCAGGUAACAAGACUGUAAAAAACAAAAAAACCCUCACUGUCGAAUAUGCUCCACAACAUGUGCAGGUGAUUUCUCAAGCAUCAUUGAGGGAGGGAGACCCUUUAGAGAUGAACUGCUCUGGUGAUGGUUAUCCUGCUCCACACAAAUACCAAUGGUUUACUGAAGCUGGGAUGCUGCUUUCAGAAGGAUACACAUACACACUGAGGAACGUAUCCAGACACAUAGAACCUAUCUACUGCACAGCCGUUAACACAGAGGGACAUGGUAACUCCACACCAAUAAAGCUCAACGUAAUGUAUCCUCCUGAGAUUAAAGUGGGCUCCUCGUGUACCUUGGAGACAUUAAAAACGACCUGUGUCUGCAUAGUAAACUCCGAUCCAGCCAGUGACAUCAAGUGGUGGGCUGCAGACGAGUCCUUGGAGAAGCACAGUAGAACCCAAGAGAGACAUGGUACCGUCACUAUAGCCACGCUGGAGAUGGCACUGGGAUUCUCCGACUCUGUGCACUGCCAUGCCAGUAACAGUCAGGGCAACAACACCAUGAUUUUACAAGUGAGACAGCAUCACGAGACGUUAUUUCACAAUGACAAACUUCUGUACAUUUUAAUUGCGGUAGCUGUAUUUGUUGUGAUGAUCAUUUGCCUCUCUGUAUGGAUAGUAAAAAACUGCAACAGAACCAAACCUCCUGAAGCCCUGAAGACUGAAAUGAAUGUAACCAGCCUGUCUGUUCGAGAAAGAAAAUGCAAAGAUCUCAACACAAACAAUGAUGGAAGUCAGCAUGUGUACAGCAACAGUAAUGUUGAAGAGGAGGAUUAUCCUUAUGAAUGUGCUAAUGAUUGUGAGGCAACUUAUGCUAACAUCUAAAUUCAACAAAUGGGAUGUCAGACAUAUUAGAUAUAGCUGGUUAAACAAAUCAAAAGAACAAAAUUCUUGAUAAAUCAAACUUUA